AUGGAGGUCUUCAAUCUGUGGAGGGAUUAUCUAGGACUCGCCAGUGUGGUGGGGGCUCUCAGGGAACAAAAGCUGGAGUCCCAGGGGGUAGAGACAGAGCCAAGCCCAGGCCCUGGCCCCAGCGCAAGGCAGGAGCUUGUGCCCCCUAGGGACUCCCUCUGCACUUUUUGCAAGCACAAUGGGGAGUCUCGAAACAUCUACUCAUCCCACACGCUGAAGGACGAGGAAGGCCGGGUGGUAUGUCCCAUCCUGAGAAAAUAUGUAUGCCCACAGUGCAGAGCCACCCAAGACAAUGCCCACACUAAGCGCUUCUGCCCACUCACCAGCAAGGGCUACAUGUCUGUAUACAGUUAUACGGCCCGCAAUUCAGCUGGCAAACGGGCCACGCUUCAGUGGCCAUCAGAGGAUCCUAGCCUGGCCAAGGCCAGGACCAAGAGGCUUCCAGCAGUACCUGAAGGAAAAACUCCCAGCCGGCCUCUGGAUAAAAGCAACACAGGCAGUGCCACAGGUUCAAAAGCCUCCAGGACUGCUUUUCUCACUCUGCAACCAUGA